CAUUGCUCAAUGAUUCUCACUCCCAUCAGGCAAUAACAGCUGUGUGGGCUGGCACAUGUGCAAGAAUGGAUUGGCAGUUGCUGACAUCACUAAAGCAGAGUGUGUCAUCAUAAAAUGUGUGCAACAUGAAAACUAUUCAGAAGAGCUCAAAUGCAUUAUGUCAAACUGCGACCUUCCCAAAACCAGCCUUCUCCACAAACUUCGACCAGUCAUCGACAGUGAAGGCUUGCUGAGAAUAGGUGGACGUAUUGACCAGGCACAACUUGAAAGGUGUGAAGCUCAUCCUAUUAUUAUCCCAAACCGUAACCACGUAGCAACUCUGCUCGUCCGCCACUAUCAUGAAUGUGUAAAACAUCAGGGCAGACACUUCACAGAAGGUGCAAUCCGUGCAAGUGGCCUGUGGAUGGUAGGAGGAAAACGUCUCAUCAGCAGCUGCAUUCAUAGGUGUGUCACAUGCAAAAAGUUGCGAGGGAAAAUGGAGCAACAACAAAUGUCUGAUCUACCUAUAGAACGCCUGCAGCUCGACCCCCCAUUCUCAUAUGUCGGACUUGAUGUUUUUGGGCCAUGGGAAGUCAUCACACGUACCAGGGGUGGCCAAGCCAGAGACAAAAGGUGGGCAGUUAUAUUCACAUGUAUGUCCACGCGUGCAAUUCACAUUGAGGUUAUCGAAACCAUGACUUUCUCGAGCUUCAUAAACGCACUCAGGAGGUUUUUCUCCAUCAGAGGCCAUGCUAAACAGCUUCGAUCAGAUUGUGGGACCAAUUUUGUUGGAGCAAGUAAGGAGCUGAAAAUGAAUGCACAAGGUCCCUGUGAUUCAAGCAUAAAAGACUACCUCCUUCAACAAAGGUGCACAUGGGUUUUCAAUCCUCCUCACUCCUCCCAUAUGGUUGGCACUUGGGAGCGCAUGAUUGGAGUCGCUCGACGGAUUCUAGAUUCCAUGCUUCUACAAGUUGGACCUUUAAAACUCACUCAUGAAGUCCUAAGCACCUUUAUGGCAGAAGUCUGUGCCAUUGUGAAUGCCCGGCCAUUAAUCCCUGUAUCCACCAACCCAGAGGCUCCCCUCAUUCUAACCCCUUCCAUGCUGCUGACGCAGAAAACAGGGGUAUCUCUCUCUCCAGCCAGUAACUUCUCAAAAGGAGAUCUGCUUAAGAACCAGUGGAAGAGAGUUCAAGCCUUGGCAGAGACAUUCUGGGCUAGGUGGCGACGAGAAUAUUUGAGCACACUACAGUGUCGGCAGAAGUGGCAAUCACAGAAACCCAAUCUCAAAGAAGGAGACGUAAUUCUGAUGGAGGACAGUCAGACAAAAAGGAAUCAAAGUUAG